ACUCUCACAUACAAACGCUGCCCGGGGUUACCCGCCCGCCCGCGCCGCGCGCUUUUCCGCUCCUUGCGGCCCCCCACAUUGUUCUCUCAGGACUCCUGGGUCCCCAGGGCUGAAUUAGGGGCCUGAGCCGGGGAGAGGAGAGACUUGUCUGUGGCCGAAGGGUCGAAGGUUCGGGUCCAGGCCCCCCGCCCUGGGACUUCCCUCCCCCACGGCACCUUAGGGGGUGUGAAUUAUCUCAUCCCCGCAGGGAGGUGGGAGCGCGCGCCGGCUGCCCGCCUCCCGCCCGCCUCCCCGGCGGCGCCGGCCCGCGGCAGCCCCGCAGAAUGAGGUGGUGCUGGCGGCUCGGGGCCGUGGCGCGGCCGCUGCGGCGGCGGCUGCUGAGGGGGCGCUGAGGGAACCCCCGGGAGCGGCGCGGCGGACGCGCUCCUCCCCGGCGCGCCCGGGCCUCCAGGCUUUUCUUCUCCAGCCGAGAGGACGCGGCUGAGAUAGGAAGACCUCGUGUGGACAGUAAUGACCUCACGUUUCCGAUUGCCUGCUGGCAGAACCUACAAUGUACGAGCAUCAGAGUUGGCCCGAGACAGACAGCACACAGAAGUGGUUUGCAACAUCCUUCUUCUGGAUAACACUGUACAAGCUUUCAAAGUUAAUAAACAUGAUCAGGGGCAAGUUCUGUUGGAUAUAGUCUUCAAGCAUCUGGACUUGACUGAGCGUGACUAUUUUGGUUUACAGUUGACUGAUGAUUCCACAGAUAACCCAUCUUAUUUAUUUAUUUUUCAGAGGUGGCUGGAUCCAAACAAACCAAUAAGGAAGCAGCUAAAGAAACUGCUUUUAUUACUUCUAGGAGGAUCUCCUUACAGUUUGAACUUUAGAGUCAAAUUUUUUGUAAGUGACCCCAACAAGUUACAAGAAGAAUAUACAAGGUACCAGUAUUUUUUGCAAAUUAAACAAGACAUUCUUACUGGAAGAUUGCCCUGUCCCUAUAAUACAGCUGCCCUUUUGGCUUCAUUUGCUGUUCAGUCUGAACUUGGAGACUACAGUCAGUCAGACAACUUGCCAGGCUACCUCUCAGAUUAUUCUUUCAUUCCUGAUCAACCUCAAGAUUUUGAAAAAGAAAUUGCAAAAUUACAUCAGCAACAUAUAGGCUUAUCUCCUGCAGAAGCAGAAUUUAAUUACCUGAACACAGCACGUACCUUAGAACUCUAUGGAGUUGAGUUCCACUAUGCAAGGGAUCAAAGUAACAAUGAAAUUAUGAUUGGAGUGAUGUCAGGAGGAAUUAUGAUUUAUAAGAACAGGGUACGAAUGAAUACCUUUCCAUGGUUGAAGAUUGUAAAAAUUUCUUUUAAGUGCAAACAGUUUUUUAUUCAACUUAGAAAAGAACUGCAUGAAUCUAGAGAAACAUUAUUGGGAUUUAAUAUGGUGAAUUACAGAGCAUGCAAAAAUUUGUGGAAAACAUGUGUAGAACAUCACACAUUCUUCCGUUUGGACAGACCACUUCCACCUCAAAAGAAUUUUUUUGCCCAUUAUUUUACAUUAGGUUCAAAAUUCCGAUAUUGUGGGAGAACUGAAGUCCAGUCAGUUCAGUAUGGCAAAGAAAAGGCAAAUAAAGACAGGAUAUUUGCAAGAUCCCCAAGUAAGCCCUUGGCACGGAAAUUAAUGGAUUGGGAGGUAGUAAGCAGAAAUUCAAUUUCUGAUGACAGGUUAGAAACACAAAGCCUUCCAUCACGAUCUCCACCUGGAACUCCUAAUCAUCGAAAUUCUGCAUUCACACAAGAGGGAACCCGGUUACGACCAUCUUCAGUUGGUCAUUUGGUAGACCAUAUGGUUCACACUUCGCCAAGUGAAAUAUUUGUGAAUCACAGAUCUCCGUCAUCAACGCAAGCUAAUAGUAUCGUUUUGGAAUCAUCACCAUCACAAGAGACACCUGGAGAUGGGCAGCCUCCAGCUUUACCACCCAAACAAUCGAAGAAAAACAAUUGGAACCAAAUUCAUUAUUCACAUUAUCAACAAGAUCUAGAAAACCAUAUUAAUGAAACAUUUGAUGUUCCAUCUUCCCCUGAAAAAUCUACUCCUAAUGGUGGUAUUCUACAUGAUAAUCUUGUUCUAAUCAGAAUGAAACCCGAUGAAAAUGGAAGGUUUGGAUUCAAUGUGAAGGGAGGAUAUGAUCAGAAGAUGCCUGUGAUCGUGUCCCGCGUAGCGCCAGGAACACCUGCUGACCUCUGUGUCCCUCGAUUGAAUGAAGGGGACCAAGUUGUACUGAUCAAUGGUCAGGACAUUGCAGAACAUACCCAUGAUCAGGUUGUCCUGUUUAUUAAAGCUAGCUGUGAGAGACAUUCUGGGGAACUCGUACUUCUGGUUCGACCUAAUGCUGUAUAUGAUGUAGUGGAAGAAAAGCUAGAAAAUGAGCCAGACUUCCAGUACAUUCCUGAGAAAGCCCCACUAGAUAGCGUCCAUCAGGAUGACCAUUCCUUGCGGGAAUCAAUGAUCCAGCUAGCUGAGGGGCUUAUCACUGGAACAGUCCUGACACAAUUUGAUCAACUAUAUCGGAAAAAACCUGGAAUGACAAUGUCUUGUGCCAAAUUACCUCAGAACAUUUCCAAAAAUAGAUACAGAGAUAUUUCGCCUUAUGAUGCUACACGGGUCAUUUUAAAGGGUAAUGAAGACUAUAUCAAUGCAAAUUAUAUAAACAUGGAAAUCCCUUCUUCUAGCAUUAUAAAUCAGUACAUUGCUUGUCAAGGGCCAUUACCACACACUUGUACAGAUUUUUGGCAGAUGACUUGGGAACAAGGCUCCUCCAUGGUUGUAAUGUUGACCACACAAGUUGAACGUGGCAGAGUUAAGUGUCACCAGUAUUGGCCAGAACCCACAGGAAGUUCAUCCUAUGGAUGCUACCAAGUCACCUGCCACUCAGAAGAAGGAAACACUGCAUAUAUCUUCAGGAAGAUGACACUAUUUAACCAAGAGAAAAAUGAGAGUCGUCAACUCACUCAGCUCCAGUACAUAGCCUGGCCUGACCACGGAGUCCCUGAUGAUUCAAGUGACUUUCUGGACUUUGUUUGUCAUGUACGAAGGAGGAGGGCCGGCAAGGAAGAACCUAUUGUUGUUCAUUGCAGUGCUGGGAUUGGAAGAACUGGGGUUCUUAUUACUAUGGAAACAGCCAUGUGUCUCAUUGAAUGCAAUCAACCAGUCUAUCCACUAGACAUUGUAAGAACCAUGAGAGAUCAACGAGCCAUGAUGAUCCAAACACCUAGUCAAUACAGAUUUGUAUGUGAAGCUAUUUUGAAAGUUUAUGAAGAAGGAUUUGUUAAACCCUUAACAACAUCAUCAAAUAAAUAAGAAAGCAAAAAGUCUGGGAUAUGUGUUGGAAAACUGCUUUCCAUUAUAUUCACUGUGCCAUAAUACUGCUUGCAGGAAAUGGCAUCUAAACAAAAAAAUGAAGAACUAACAAAAACUGAAAAAACUUCAGCACUGUUGCACUUUAUGUUUAAAAAAAUGUCACUCUCUCAAAAUCUGUAAUUCAUGUGUUUGAAGACUAUUUCAUGCUUUGCUCCGAACAAAUAGUGAAUAACUGAGUAUGUUCAGGGUAAUUUAUGAAAUUCUGUGGUGGUGCCAUGCAGUCCCCUUCUGGUAGAAUUGCCUCAAACAAGGUUCAGAAUUCUCAUCAUCUCUGUUAAUAAACCUGUAUCUUGAAAGCAAAAAGAAGUAAACAUCAGGAGUCAGCUCUGGUGUUUUCCAGUGAUUCAUGUACUUACUAUACUGAUUACCAGAUUUUAUUUUUAAAAUUUUAGCAAUAUCAUUCUCACUCUUAGCCAAUACACUGCCUAUGGAUGCAGCACAUCUCUCCCUACACUCCCCCCAUAGAGACCUGCUGUUCAGAAGAAAGGUGGAAUUUGCUUUUCCCAGGAAAUGCUGCACAUUGUCCAUUUACCAGCAUCUUAUAGAAAGUAUAAAUAUGAAUCUACAAAUUUUCUUGAAUUUAAUAAUGUAACAUAUUUAUCAUAAGGUUGGCUUAUUCCAAAUCAUGUGAUUUCACGUACUUGAUGUAAAGGAAUGCAUGUAUUGUGUCUUAACCCCUUAAGUGCCUUGAGACGUCUUUGUAUGUCUAAUGAAAAGGCACUCAUUUGACCCCACUAGGAGGUAUGUAUGUAUAUUGUACAUUUACAUUUUUAAGCAUUUUGAAUCAGUUCACAUUUUAAAAAAUACCUUCUUGUGUUGAGAGUUAUGCAGUCAAAAAAGGGUAAGGAAAUUCUAUUUCUUAAUUCCUGUACUUUGCCACAAGAAACAAAGAUAAUUUGUGUUCUACUGAGUGAGUGCUCUGCUGCUACAGAAUUGUUCAAAAUUGGCACAUUCCUUUCCUGUGGGACAAGGGUUACAGUUUAGCAGCUCAAGUUAAAACAUGCUUUAUUCUUCAAAUUUCAUAUUUAUUUUAUCCCUAACUUUGGAAAUGGCAUCUAAUAUGCACAUUAAAGUUAAACAUAUUGAUACUCUAAGCUAAAGUUAGAGCAGUUAAUUGUGAUUUAUUUGUAUCGCUAACUAAAUUAUUACCCUUCAGCAUUCAUUUCGGUUCAUAUCAAGCUUUGUUCACACUGGUCUAUUGGUUGGGAUACUUCAAACGAGAAAUGAAACGUUAUUGACUUAUUUCUAAGUGUAAUCCCUCAAUAAUUGAAAUGAGAGUUUUCUUUUCAUUUUUGUGUACAUUUAAAUUACUACAGUUUAUAUAUACUUAUUAAGUUAUAAGCAUGUUAAUAUGGAGAGUUUUGAUUGUCCAGCCUGAUGGAGGAUCUGAUUCCCUUUAAGGAUAUGUAUAUUUUCUUCUUCAGGACUUUUUAUUUUUAAGUCUACAGAGAGAGAGAACUUUAAAAUUACCCAGUUUUAAUAUAAGUGGAAAGUUGUGCUCACCUGUUGAAAUGUUAUAUUACACUAUUAUUUUAUAUGGAUUAUGGUUCAAAUAGAUUCAUUUACUAGUGA